AUGAGCAGCGCAGGACUUGUCUUCUACGAGCUGAUCACGCUCUUCGUGGUUGCAGUGAACUUCACGACGGUGAACUGGCUGGCCACGGUUUCCGACCAUCUGCCAAAAGGGACGCCACGCAACUACGAAGGCAUCUCUCGUAAGUACCUUGGAGCUGGUGCGUCCCACGUAAUCUCUCUUGUUUUCAUAUUCGGCAGUCUUGCCCUGGGCAUGUCGUACAUGCUAUUCACGGCACAGUCUCUGGCACCCAUCUUGGCCGGCUGGAUGUCACCAUCUCAUGAGCUUCCCAGUGAAUCAGAGGUGAGUCACCUGUCUCGGAUACUUCUUUGGGUCUUGGGUCUUGGGGUGGUGCUACCUCUAAGCCUGUUGCGAGACAUUUCAAAGCUGAAGUUCACCUCGACUCUAGCGAUCUUUGCCUUGGCCUAUGCUGCUGGAUUCAUCGUAUUCUCCAACCUGGAAGCACUCGCAGCGCAGCCCAGAGCAGGCGAAGGCUUCCAGCUUGUCAAUGUGCACUCUGACUUCUUUCUCAGCUUGGCCAUGACAACUUCCAACUUUUCCUGCCACAUUUCGGCCAUCCCCAUCUAUGAGUCCCUAGCUUCGAGAAAUGCUUCUACAAUGAAGAGGGUGGUGGCUUUGGCAUUAGGGACCUCCGCGCUCUUCUACCAAGUGGUUGGGCUUACCAGCUACUGCCGCUUCGGCCGAUUGGAAGCUGGCCAGGGCAACAUUCUGGAAGUGGUGGCCGAGAGGAUUAGCCUCCUGGAAACGCCUUUGAGAUUCGCACUGGUAUCUCUUGCCAGCGCCGGCGUCGCGUUCUGCCUGGCUUUUUCCAUGCCGGUGGUAAUGUGGGCUCUUCGUUCUGUCAUCCUGAGCUACUACCAAGCGGCCUGUGCUGCACAGGCUCGCAGCGCAGGGCUCCCGGCAGAGGAAGUCUCUGAGAUUGAAGAUGGCGAACCCACAAUGCUGGAAUGGUGCAUCGCUACAUCUUUUCUCAUGGUGGUGAUUCUCACUCUUGCGACGUUGGUCCCGGACGUCCAAGUGAUCAUGUCAUUAGGCGGAUCACUUGGAGGUACUUUCAUUGCAUUUAUGUACCCGGCUUUGUUCCACCUGACAGUUGUUAAGAAAGUGCGAUCGGCACGCCAGAUGCUGCGGCUGGAGCACGGUGCAGAGCUCGGAGUCAUCGGCAUGAGCAUUCUCUACGGCAUUCUCUGUCUGUCGAUUUCGCUGAAAAAAGUGUAUGACGAGUUUCUGGAGUCUUCUGAGCUCGGACCCCCUGUGACAGUCACUUCUAUUACAGCCACCGUGACGUCGACGACGACAAUGGCAACAGCACUUAUGUCUGCUUUUGAGAUGUAG